AUACAUGAUAAACACGCCGGCGUUAAAAGUUAUUUCUACUGACCAACAGAUCUCCCAGGCGGUUGUUACACCCGUCUAACUUUCAACCCUGAGCAGAGGCGCUGCUUUUUUAUACACUAAGCUACAUCUCCUCCUCGGUAUUGUGUGUUUUUGGAGCGCAGAGGUGUGGGGUUUGUUUCAGGGCGGUUGGGUUUUAGCUGACACCAAAUUGAAAAGGGCGAAAGCCCCAGAUAGCCGUUGUGAAUAGCUGCAUUGUGCUGGGUCUUCAUCAUUGCCCUGUUCAGGCUGACACGGCGUGUCGCCGCGUUAACGACUAAAUUCCCAGUGACGGCGAGCUGUCCUGUUGUUUACAGCCGUGCUCUGCUGUCAGUCCGCUGUGCCAAAGCCUCGUCACCUCUGCCGAAGAUGCCGCAAACAAACAAGUCCAGUAGCACCCCGGCGGCUGACUCUCCGGGCUCGGUCCAGGCGGAGGCCCCGGCUUCCUGUGAGGAGAGCCGGGGUGCAAAAGAUGAUGGAGGAGGAGAGGACAAUGUUGGAGACCGUGAGAUCAUCAAGUCACCCAGCGACCCGAAGCAGUACAGGUACAUCGUUUUAGACAACGGCCUCGCAGCUCUGCUCAUCUCUGACUUCAGUGGGCCGGCGGUAUCAGAACAUGAUGACUUGGACAAAGAAGAAGAGGGGGACGAUGAUGACGACGAAGAAGAAGAGGAGGAGGAGGAGGAGGAAGAUGAAGACGAUGAGGAGGAGCAUGAGGAUGAGGCUGACGUGGAUGAAGGCAGGGAAGACAAGAAGGGAGCUAAAAAGAAGAGAGGAAGUGCAGACAAACAGGGAAUUACAGACAGAUCAGCAUUCUUCCAGUCUGCAGCGGCUCUGUGUGUCGGCGUGGGCAGCUUCAGCGACCCCAGCGACCUCCCAGGCCUCGCUCACUUUCUGGAGCACAUGGUGUUCAUGGGCAGCGAGAAGUACCCGUCAGAAAACGGCUUUGAUGCGUUCCUCAAGAAGCACGGCGGGAGCGACAACGCCUCCACCGACUGCGAAAGGACCAUCUUCCAAUUUGACGUCCAGAGAAAAAGCUUCAAAGAAGCCCUUGACAGGUGGGCCCAGUUCUUUAUCUGCCCCCUGAUGAUCCGAGACGCCAUCAACAGGGAGGUGGAGGCGGUUGACAGCGGUGCGUCUCUCUGCCGCUGCAUACCCCUUGCUCUGUUCUGAGAUGAUAAAUCGUAC